CAUAUUGGUCGAGUAUCAUCGGCUUGGACCUUAACUUGAUAAAACCAAACCUUGUCAUCUCAGCCCACCACACAAAAAUGGAUAAGCAAAGCACAACAAGCAAAGCACACUGUUUGGUGUUAGCAUAUCCAGCACAAGGCCACAUCAACCCCAUGAUUCAAUUCUCCAAGCUAUUGGAAUAUCAAGGGGUGAGAAUAACUUUUGCAACAACUCGUUUCUACUCCAAGAAUUCGCUAAAGGUACCUCCUUCUAUGGCACUCGAAACCAUUUCUGAUGGGUUCGACGACGUUGGGCCCACACAGGCCGGGAGCCCCAAAACCUAUAUAGAUCGGUUUUGGCAAGUUGGGCAAGAAACUUUUGCUGAACUUCUUGAGAAACUUGGUGAAUCGAAAAACCAUGUUGAUUGUGUUAUUUAUGACUCGUUCUUCGCUUGGGCACUAGAUGUUACCAAGAGCUUUGGAAUAGUUGGAGCUGCUUAUCUCACUCAAAAUAUGACUGUGAAUAAUAUAUACUAUCACGUUCAAUUGGGAAAGUUGCGUGCUCCUCUCACAGAGCAUGAGAUUUCACUCCCUAAGUUGCCUAAGCUUCAACACGAGGACAUGCCAUCUUUUUUCUUUACGUAUGAACAAGAUCCAACUCUCUUUGAUUUUGUUGUGUCUCAGUUCUCCAAUAUCGACAAAGCUGAUUGGAUCCUGUGCAAUACGUUCUACGAACUGGAUAAAGAGAUUAUAGAUUGGUUCAUGGAGAUUUGGCCAAAAUUUAGGACCAUAGGACCAAACAUACCAUCUAUGUUCUUAGACAAGAGAUAUGAAGAUGACGAAGAUUAUGGAAUCACACAAUUCAAGAGUGAUGAAUGCGUGGAAUGGCUAGAUGAUAAGCCGAAAGGGUCUGUUGUUUAUGUAUCAUUUGGGAGUAUAGCUUCUUUUGGUGAGAAGCAAAUGGAGGAAGUGGCUUGUUGUUUGAGAGAGUGCUCGAGUUACUUCUUGUGGGUAGUUAGAGCUUCAGAAGAGAAUAAACUCCCUAAAGAUUUUGAGAAAAUAUCAAAGAAAGGGUUGGUAGUGACAUGGUGCUCCCAACUAAAAGUUCUAGCUCACGAGGCUAUAGGAUGCUUUGUCACACAUGGUGGCUGGAAUUCCACAUUAGAAACUUUAUGUUUAGGAGUCCCCACAAUUGUAAUACCAUAUUGGUCAGAUCAAAGUACGAAUGCAAAGCUUAUGAAAGAUGUUUGGAAGAUUGGAAUUAAGGCUCCAGUUGAUGACAACAAGAUUGUGCAACGAGAGGCACUUAAGCACUGCAUAGAGGAAGUAAUGAAGAGUGAAAAAGGCAAAGAGAUGAAGAACAAUGUCCUUCAAUGGAAGACUUUGGCUAUAAAAGCCACUGGUGAGGGUGGAAGUUCUUAUAAAAAUAUUUUAGAAUUUACGAAUAGCUUGUUUCAGUCAUAAAUUUAAUGCCUUAAUUACGAAUGACUUGUUUCAGUCAUAAAAUAGUUCUGUUGUUUGUUGUAAUUACUAAGUCGAUUGGGUUCUUUUGCUGCAUCAUGUGUUGGAUGGUAUUAGUCUUGGUUUUACUAGCUGGUCUGUUUUGGACGGCUAGUUUUGGACUUUUGUACUAGAGUUCCUCUUUAUUUUGUGUCUUGUUUACUUUUUCUUAAUCUUUCCUGUACUGUUCUUUUGUGAGUCUAGUUUGAUUCCAUACAUCUUAAUAAAUAAUAGCACACCUGUGUUUUUUUUUU